GGCCUGCGAGCGCCGUCAGUCGUCGAGGAGUUGCCGGGUGGGUCGCGUGAGAGGCGGUGCCAGAUUUUGGUGCCGGCAAUUCAUUGUACUGAUUCUUCUCGUUUCCAUUUGAAGAUUAAGUAUGUCUGCCAAAGGAAUCCGUGAAGCUACUGGAAAGGACAUUUUAAACCGUCAUCUUGCUGGUGUUGCCGCAGUUCAGCCAUGCAGGUUUGCUGCUGUUGGACCAGAUACUGACUGGGAAGUUCUGCUGAAACAAAACCCAUGGCUUGCUACAGAGAAACUGGUGGCCAAGCCGGACCAGAUGAUCAAGCGUCGAGGCAAGCUCGGCCUGAUCAAGGUCGGCACCGACUUUGCCGGUGCCAAGGCCUGGAUUCAGGAGAAGAUGUCUGCCGACAUAGAGAUCGGCAAGGCGGUGGGCCGACUGCGGACGUUCAUCAUCGAGCCGUUUGUGGAGCACACUCAGGAUGAAGAGAUGUACGUGUGCAUCUACUCCCAUCGGCACGCCGAUUCCAUCCUCUUCUACCAUCAGGGCGGUGUUGAGAUUGGCGAUGUGGACGCGAAGGCGCUCAAGCUGGACGUGCCGAUUGACACGUUCCCCUCGAAGGAGGAUAUCACUGCCAAACUGCUCACGCACGUGCCCGCCGACAAGAAAGAAAUGCUGGCCACGUUCGUGGAUACGCUGUACCACCAGUACGUGGACCUCUACUUCACCUACCUGGAGAUCAAUCCGCUGGUGGUAAAGAAGGACAGCAUAUUCGUGCUCGACCUGGCCGCCAAGCUGGACGCCACUGCCGAGUACAUCUGCCGCUCCAAAUGGGGUGAGGUGGAGUAUCCGACGCCGUUCGGUCGCGAGCAGUACCCGGCGGAGGCCUACAUCGCCGACCUGGACAGCAAGUCGGGCUCAUCACUCAAGCUGACCAUUCUGAACAAGUCGGGCCGCAUCUGGACGAUGGUGGCUGGUGGCGGCGCCUCUGUCAUCUACGCUGACACCAUCUGCGAACUGGGAGGAGCCAGCGAGCUGGCCAACUAUGGCGAGUACUCCGGUGCGCCGACCGAGGGACAGACGUACGACUAUGCGCGCACCAUCCUCUCGCUGAUGACUGACGAGCCGCACCCGGACGGAAAGAUUCUGAUCAUCGGCGGCGGCAUUGCCAACUUCACCAACGUGGCCGCCACCUUCAAGGGCAUCGUCAAGGCCCUGAUGGAGUUCCAGGCCAAGCUGGUCGAGCACAAGGCCCAGAUCUUCGUCCGCCGUGCCGGGCCCAACUACCAGGAGGGGCUCAGGAUCAUGCGUGAGACUGGCCGCUCGCUGGGCGUCCCUGUACACGUGUUUGGAAACGAGACUCACAUGACGGCUAUCGUGGCGAUGGCGCUGGGCAAGCGGCCUAUCCUGAGUGAGCCAGAGGCGGCGCAGCACACGGCUAACUUCCUGCUGCCGGGAGGGCAGCAGUCAGAGAUCCAAAGCCCGCCGCCGCCCCGUAAGGUGGUGCCGCCGCCGGCCGACUCUGCGGACGGCGGCAAACGGGACCUGCUGUUCCACCGCGACACAAAGGCCAUCGUGUGGGGCAUGCAGACCCGCGCCGUCCAGGGCAUGAUGGACUUUGACUUUGUGUGCUCGCGUAAGACGCCGUCGGUGCAGUGUAUGAUCUACCCAUUCACUGGCGACCACAAGCAGAAGUUCUACUGGGGACACAAGGAGAUCCUGGUGCCAGUGUACAAGAGCAUGGCGGACGCGAUGAGAAAGCACCCUCAGGCGGACGUGAUGGUCAACUUUGCGUCUCUACGCUCAGCCUACGAGUCGGUGGUCGAGACGAUGCAGUACCCGCAGAUCCGUACGAUCGCCAUCAUCGCCGAGGGCAUCCCGGAGAACCUGACUCGUAAACUGAUCAAGGCGGCCGACCAGAAGGGCGUCACCAUCAUCGGACCGGCCACCGUUGGUGGUAUCAAGCCGGGCUGCUUCAAGAUCGGCAACACGGGCGGCAUGAUGGACAACCUGCUGCUCUCCAAACUGUACCGGCCCGGCAGCGUGGCGUACGUGUCGCGCUCCGGCGGCAUGUCCAACGAGCUGAACAACAUUAUCUCCCGCUGGACGAACGGCGUGUACGAGGGCGUGGCCAUUGGUGGCGAUCGCUACCCGGGAACCACCUUCAUGGACCACAUCAUGCGCUACCAGCGGGACCCCAACGUGAAGAUGAUUGUCCUGCUGGGAGAGGUGGGCGGCGUUGAGGAAUACGACGUCUGCCAGGCCAUCAAGGAGGGCACCCUGACCAAGCCGCUGGUGGCCUGGUGCAUCGGAACGUGCGCCACCAUGUUCACCUCUGAGGUUCAGUUCGGACACGCGGGCGCCUGUGCUAACGGCGAGCUGGAGACGGCGGUGGCCAAGAACCGGGCGCUGGCCGAGACGGGCGCCAGCGUGCCGGCCACCUUUGACCAGCUCGGCGAGACCAUCGGCGCCGUGUACCAGGACCUGGUGUCCAAGGGUGUGAUCGUGCCGGAGCCCGAGGUACCCCCUCCCACCGUGCCCAUGGACUACAACUGGGCGCGCGAGCUCGGCCUCAUCCGCAAGCCGGCCUCGUUUAUGUCGUCCAUCUGUGACGAGCGUGGUCAGGAGCUCAUCUACGCGGGCAUCCCGAUCACGGACGUGCUCCGUCAGGACAUGGGCCUGGGCGGCGUGGUGGGUCUGCUCUGGUUCCAGCGCCGCCUGCCGCCCUACGCCUGCAAGUACUUUGAGAUGUGUCUGAUGGUAACUGCUGAUCACGGCCCGGCGGUGAGCGGUGCGCACAACACCAUCGUCACUGCGCGCGCCGGCAAGGACCUGGUGUCGUCACUCGUCUCCGGACUGCUCACCAUCGGUGACCGGUUCGGUGGUGCGCUCGACGGAGCCGCCCGGGUGUUCAGCGAGGGACACGACUCCAACCUGCACCCCAACGACUUCGUCAACAUGAUGCGCAAGAAGGGCCAGCUCAUCAUGGGCAUCGGUCACCGUGUCAAGUCGAUCAACAACCCGGAUAAGCGUGUGGAGAUCAUCAAGAACUUCGUUAAGGAGAACUUCCCGGCCACGCCGCUGCUCAACUACGCGCUCGAAGUGGAGAAGAUCACCACGUCCAAGAAGCCCAACCUGAUCCUGAACGUGGACGGCGUGAUCGCCACCAGUUUCGUGGACCUGCUGCGCAACUCGGGCAUCUUCACACCUGAGGAGGCCCAGGAGUACGUCGAGAUCGGCGUGUUGAACGGCCUGUUCGUACUGGGACGCAGCAUCGGAUUCAUCGGCCACUACCUGGACCAGAAGCGCCUGAAGCAGGGCCUGUACCGACACCCGUGGGACGACAUCAGCUACGUCAUGCCCGAGAACUCGUAUAGCGGGGAUGCUGAGGUGGCACCUGCCGCUGCCGGGGGUACCGCCGCCGCCCCCGCUGACGGCGAGCAGCCCAAGUGCUCGGUCAGCUGAGAGAGAGACCGACACGUCCCCGACUGCCCACCGGAGACCGGCUAUUUUUGUAGACACACCGCUUUGGCCGUACGUCGGCCCGUCCGCGGCUAGUGUUGGACAAUUCCAUCGUUGGGUCGCCUCCGGAUUCGACUUCUUUUACUGCUGAAGCGACUUGGAUAGUUAUUUUAACGCUCGCAGAUGCGUGCAUCACGCCGCUCGUGAUAGUGCUAUUUAUUUGAAUGUCCGCGGUGAAGGGGCGCAGAGGCGUCCGAAUUUAUCCCAGAACAAGAGGGUGGGGAGGGUCACAGAGCGGGGGAGGGGAAGGAGCGGAGCGGAGCGCACACCGCCGCCCAGGUGAUGUACUGAACGAAACAUAUCAGCGGGUGUCUUCUGCGCGCCGCGACCGUAGGGCCCGCCGACGGAGGCCGUCUGCUCGUUCGUCUGUCUGUCUGUCUGUGUAGGGGCGCUAGUGCAGGGAGUUUUAUUAGAAGACGGCCGGCCCUGCCGCCUCUCCGCGACCCGAGCUGGGUGAGGCGGGGUCGGGUCGACCGGGUCACGUCCGCCGCUCGUCCAGGAAGGGGCGGGGCGGCCCGGCCCGUAGGCGCCCGUUUAUUGUUUUAGCGUCGGUUGCAGCCCAGCGAGGCCGUUGUUGAUGUUCAUAUUACGUGGUGAUUGGUAGAAACACGGCAAUAAACAUGCAAAAUGGA